CUAGUUGAAAACCACACCGAAGAUAUGGACUCUUGGAUAGCUCGCACUUUUGAAAGUUUGCUCAACCAAGAUAUUUCCACCAUAGUAAAUGGAGGCACUUUGCCUUAUCAACUAACCCUGAUGGCAACUGGUGUAGUAUAUGGAAAGUAUUUAGUACAAUUGGAAGAUAUCAUCGACAUAGCAGCCGAAGAACCCAGAAAAGGAAAGUCCAACGGUACUUUGAAGUGUACUUUUUUUGAUGGACAACAACAAGUAUAUGGUUUAGAGCUCACGGAUAUGAAACACUGUUUAUCUGUACGUACUCCUCCGGGAAGCAAGUUUCUUUUACAUGAUCCUAUUGUUCAUCGUGGAAUUAUAUUGUUGACUAGAAAUAACUGUCGUUAUCUUGGAGGUGUUGUUGUGGAGGUACAAGAGAAAAGGGAUAGUUUAAUAAAAGAUAUCAUGCAACAAGCAAAGUAUCGAGUAGAAGGUUUCCAACAAACAAGUGGAGAUAAAGAAGUGGAUAGUAAUCAUGUUGAUAACAACAUGAUUGCUAUAGGCCAAGGAAUAUCCAAUUGGCAUAAUAAUAAUGAAGAAGAAGAAGAAGAAGAGAAUAUUUGAAUGCAUUGUACUACGAGAAUGGUUCAUCAUGUUCUGAAAAACAUUUCUAUAUGAAGUAUUCACAAGGAAUGGAUACGUAUUAUCUCAUUUUUUUAAACCAGUUGAACUAGAUACAAUAUAUUGUAUAGAAGAUGCAAAUCUUAUUCAUAAUAAAUAAUUUUGAAAACUU